AUGGAACCGUUACCCUCCACCCAAGACACCCACCAAGGUGCUUCUGGUGCCACAGAUCCGAGUCGCCCUGUCCACAGGCGCAUGUCCUCUGGCGGCGGCCUCCUCUCCAAACUCUCCUUCAUGCGAGCCCAUUCCUCUUCUUCAUCCGCCGCCGACACCCCAACCGAGCACGACGGCUCCCGCCCUGCCCAACCGCGCGACAAGGAGAACCGGACCCCUCCCGACCCCUCCGACUCCUCCAACAUCUACAUGCCCGUUCCGCGGCCGUCCUCCUCAAUCGCGACCGCGUUGCAGCAGCAGAAGACAAGGCGACGCCGCGGCUCCCUCCGAAAGGUCGCCCUCCUCGGCCGCGGCGCCCAGCGCGAGCGGCGCGAGGCCCACCGCGCAAGCCUGAGCAUCGAUGUGAAGCAGGCCGAGACGUACAGCAUGAGCACACCCACCGAAGAGGGCGGCGCCUUCGGGCUGGGGAUAUCCGACAUAACGCCCCGGCCCUCCAUGGACGGCUACGCCAGCCGCAACGCGCCCGCGCCCGCGCCCGCGCCCACGCCCACGCCCGCCGUGGAGGCCGCGACCAACCUGCUGCGCGGCGGCGCGGCGGCAGCAUCCUCGGCCCUGCCAAAACCCAAGGUCGAGGUCGACGAGCCGACGCCCACGAGCCCCACCAUGAGCUACACCACCACAGACGACGAGGACAUGUUGCACAUUGGGAGGAACGCGGGGGGUAGGAAGGGCCCCGAGCUGGCUAGCCUGAGCUCCGGGUCAGACGGUUAUUUUGGCUCUCUGCCUCGCCGGCGGACAAUCAGCCGCGCUCGGUCACCGCUGAGUCUGUCCGGGCUGGCAUCUACACCACUUCUCCCUACGGAUGACGACUGGGACUAUUCGGAAACGGAGUGGUGGGGGUGGGUGAUCCUCAUCGUCACAUGGGUGGUUUUUGUCAUCGGCAUGGGCUCAUGCUUCAGUGUCUGGAGCUGGGCCUGGGAUGUCGGCACGACGCCGUACGCGCCCCCCGAGCUCGAGGACGAUCCCACGCUGCCGAUUACGGGGUAUUAUCCUGCUUUGAUCAUCUUGACAUGCGUGAUGGCCUGGGUCUGGGUAGUGAGUGCGUGGGUCGGCAUGAAAUAUUUUAGGCACGCAAAGAUAAGUGGCGAUUAG